AUGCAACCAAAGACGCGACGUCAUUCCCAUGGCAACCCAGAGGCCCCCACGCUCUCGGACUCUUCUCCUAGGUCGCUCGCUGCCUGCAGUUUUCUAAACUGGGCCCUAAACGGAUCCCACGACCGAGGGGCGAUAAACCAAGAUGCCCAGGUACUUUUGCAUUCAGCCCUUCCUGCACCCAUCUUAAACGUCUAUGUAGAUGAAACACUCUGGGAAAUUGCAAAAGCUGAAGUGGACAAAAGAGGAAGUAACAGAAAUGAAGGUGAUGGGGUUGAAAUCGGAGAAAAAUCUGUUUUCUUCAUUGGCAGUAAAAAUGGGGGAAAGACUACUAUUAUUCUAAGGUGUCUUGACAGGGAUGAGCCACCAAAGCCAACCUUAGCUUUGGAAUAUACAUACGGAAGAAGAACAAAAGGACACAACACACCAAAACAUAUUGCUCACUUUUGGGAGCUGGGUGGAGGAACGUCUUUAUUGGACUUAAUAACCAUCCCAAUAACAAGUGACACUUUACGGACAUUUUCCAUUGUUCUUGUUUUGGAUCUUUCAAAACCUAAUGACCUUUGGCCUACCAUGGAAAACCUGCUGCAAGUCACAAAAAGCCACAUAGAUAAAGUGAUAAUGAAACUGGGAAAGACGAACGCUAAAGCAGCUUCUGAAAUGAGACAGAAGAUUUGGAGUAAUAUGCAGAAGGAUCAUCCAGAUCGUGAAUUGAUUGACCCAUUUCCAAUACCCCUGGUUAUAAUCGGAAGUAAAUACGAUAUUUUCCAGGAUUUUGACUCUGAGAAGAGAAAGGUAAUAUGCAAAACACUUCGAUUCGUCGCACAUUAUUACGGAGCAUCGUUAAUGUUACUUGAAAUAAAACUUUCAAUUUUAGGAGCCCCUCCAGUUCCUGACAAUGAUAUUGGAAAGCUCCAUGCUCAGUCACCAAUGGAUCUAUGGAAAAAAGUGUAUGGAAAGCUCUUUCCACCAAAGAGUACCAACACACUAAAAGAUAUCAAGGACCCUGCACAAGACCCUAAGUAUGCUGAAAGUGAAGUGGAUGAGAUGAGAAUUCAGAAGGAUCAGGAACUUGAACAGUACAAAAGAAGUUCUUCCAAGUCUUGGAAGCAAAUUGAGUUUGAUUCUUGA